AACCCUCGAUUGUACUCCUCGUCUGGCCUUCCGAAACCAGCCAGCCUCCUCUCUACAGGCACUGCUCCAGCUGAUCUGGGAUAUGGGGCCUACAAUUAAUUACAUUUCGAUGGGAAAGAACAGAAACAAGAUUAGGGUUAUGUCCUCUAGAAAGAGAUUUACUAUUUUUUAUUUCUAGAUGAAAAGGUUUAUUUUAGAAAAAAUUAUGUAUUGUAAUUCUCAGUGAAUCAUAGAAUUGAUGUAAUUUUCAGGAUGGAAACAAGGCACAGUUGUUCUGUGGAGCUCAGGAACACUCAACUCUUUUCUCUUAUAUCAAGAGGUUGACCGAUUUAAUUAGGGACGGUUUCAAGUUUUCAUAACAAUUGGUAAUCUUCCUUUUUUUGUCGCCAAUUAUAAUGUAAUCUAUGAGUAAACUGCGUGGCAGGCUGACCACCUGUUACACGAGUGCAGCGUCAAAAGGACCUUGUGGCUGCAAGGAGCCAAGUGACUGUCUCACUCUGAUGGUGAAGUCAAGAUGAGUGGCGGUUUGGCUCCCAGUAGAAGCACAGUCUAUGUGUCCAACCUGCCCUUCUCUCUAACCAACAGUGAUCUACACAAGCUUUUCACCAAAUAUGGAAAAGUUGUGAAGGUGACAAUAGUCAAAGAUAAAGAAACACGCAAAAGUAAAGGUGUGGCUUUUGUGCUCUUCCUGGACAAAGAGUCUGCACAGAGCUGCUUUAGAUCGCUCAACAAUAAACAGUUGUUUGGAAGAACAGUGAAAGCGAGCAUUGCAAUCGACAACGGGCGAGCAACUGAAUUUAUCAGGAGGCGAAACUACACAGACAAGUCCAAAUGUUAUGAAUGUGGGGAUACAGGGCACUUAAGCUAUGCAUGCCCAAAAAACUUGCUUGGUGAACGAGAACCCCCGAAGAAGAAAGAAAAGAAGAAGAAGAAAAAGGUUGAAGAGCCUGAGGAAGUAGAAGAGGAGGAAAGUGAGGAAGAGGGAGAGGACCCUGCUCUUGACAGCUUAAGUCAAGCCAUAGCAUUCCAGCAAGCACGACUUGAGGAGGAGCAGCAUAGGCGACAGCAGACGGCCUUUGUGGCUGAGGAGGCCGGUCAGGAGGCUUCCACAUCAGACGACUCCAAGAAACCCAGGAUCAAAAAGAGUGUCUACUUCAGUGACGAGGAAGAACUGAGCGACUGAGGGGAUUUCACAGAUAUAAUUCAGACUCUUGAGUAGCAAAUAUUUGAAAAUGAACGGGGGACAUUCUGUUUGUCAAGAUCUGCAAGGGCAUCAUCGACCUGAGAGAAGAAAAGAGAAAAGAUGUGUUUGAUGAAAAGGGUUACAGUAUACCAUUGUUUAGUUGAAGUCCACACAACUGUUUCUGUAUCAGUAUUUGUUCUGAUCCUUAGUGUCCUUUUUAUAAUGAGGACUCAGCCACUGUUCUUCGCAGGCAUUGGGACAAUGUGAAUGGAGAUUAACUGUGUUUCUGUGCUUUUCUUUUCAACAGCUGUGUAAAUACACCAUAGUUGUUUUACUGUCUUUCACCCUUCCUAUGUAUGUCAAUAUUAGGGGAAAUAGAACUAUUCGGUUUCAAGAUAGCCUUCCCCAUCUUUAGGUGAAUGCACAAUUUAUUUGAAAAGGGUAUUGAAACAUCUGAAAGAGUAUUUCACAAUAAUGAACCACACUUUUGCUGAUAAAUAGGAAUAAAGAACAUUCAAGUCA